GGUGAAGUCGAGGGUGUGUGUCAGUGGUGCUGUCGUUGUCAGCUGUUCCGUGUUUUCAUCUACGUCACCCAUCUCUGCCCCUUUAUCGAGAUGUCCUACGCUUAUUUAUUCAAGUAUAUCAUUAUCGGAGACACUGGAUGGCCCCCAGGGGCUCCAACUGCUGAAUGCUACAUUUUGAUUAGAAAACACAUUUCUGCGUAAGGGCACCAAGGAACCCACAGUUUCCUCUGCCUCCGCUAGCUGUUAUGUUUUGAAUGCCGACUGGAGUUUGGGGCUUUACCGGGCUCCCAGCUGAUGUCAGACAUAACAAGCAAACUACCUUAGCGAGUGGUGGUGGUGGUGAAAGGGGCCGUAAACUGAGCAUAAGAUGCGAGAUGGAACCUGCUGGGGUCAGAGAGGUGUGGGAAAAUCAUGCCUUUUGCUGCAGUUUACAGACAAAAGAUUUCAACCUGUCCAUGAUCUCACCAUUGGAGUUGAAUUUGGUGCACGCAUGAUCACAAUUGACAAUAAACAGAUCAAGCUCCAGAUAUGGGACACAGCUGGUCAGGAGGCAUUCCGAUCUAUCACUCGGUCUUAUUACCGAGGUGCAGCUGGAGCGCUCUUAGUAUAUGACAUCACCAGGCGGGAAACAUUUAAUCACCUCACACAAUGGCUGGAGGAUGCCCGGCAGCAUUCCAAUUCCAACAUGGUCAUCAUGCUCAUUGGUAACAAAAGUGACUUGGACUCCAGGCGAGAAGUAAAACGAGAGGAAGGUGAAGCUUUUGCUAGGGAGCAUGGCUUAGUUUUUAUGGAAACUUCUGCCAAAACAGCGGCAAAUGUUGAAGAGGCAUUCAUUAAUACUGCUCGGGAAAUUUAUGAAAAGAUACAAGAGGGAGUCUUUGAUGUUCAUAAUGAGGUCAGUAAAUCUGUAUCAAUUCUGAAACUCUACACUAAAGGUCAGUGUAAAAAAUGUGCAUCUUUCAGGAGAGAAAUAUGCUUUACUCCAGUCAUAAUAAUCAGAGUUGAAUGGUGAUCUUUUAGGGAAAAA